CGCGGAUUGCACAACAUAUACAAAUUGGCUUGCACUCUCGAACCCUGUUGUAUCCUACAGUAUGUCAAUAGAUGCACGCGCGCCUCGCGUGAAGAACAGGGCGCCUGCAGCGAUCCAAAUCACUGCAGAGCAGCUCUUGCGUGAAGCCCAAGAGCGGCAGGAGGUUGCAUUUCGUGCUCCCAAGCAGAGAGUCGAGGAUUUUGAGGAAUUAGAUGAGUACCGUGGGCGGAAACGGAAGGAGUUCGAGGAACGUAUUCGGAGAACAAGAGGAAAUAUCAAAGAGUGGACUGCUUAUGCGUCUUGGGAGGCUAACCAAGGCCAAUACGACCGAUCUAGGUCAGUGUAUGAACGAGCAUUAGAUGUCGAUCCCAGAAAUGUCCGGCUAUGGCUGAGUUAUACGGAAAUGGAAUUAAAAUCCCGUAAUGUUCAACACGCCCGUAAUCAUUUCGACCGUGCCGUCACUCUUCUUCCGAGAAUUGAUCAAUUAUGGUAUAAGUAUGUGUACCUGGAAGAAUUGCUCCAGAACGUUCCGGGGGCACGCCAGGUGUUCGAAAGAUGGAUGAAGUGGGAGCCAGAUGAUAAGGCAUGGCAAGCAUAUAUCAAACUGGAGGAGCGCUAUGGUGAACUCGACCGCUCGAGUGCCAUUUAUGAAAGAUGGGUUUCGGUCAGGCCUGAUCCCCGGGUAUGGGUAAAAUGGGCGAAAUUCGAGGAAGAGCGGGGGAACCUUGAAAAGUGUCGUGAAGUCUUCCAGACUGCUCUAGAGUAUUUCGGAGACGACGAGCAGCAAGUGGAGACAGCCCAAGCAGUAUUUGCUGCCUUUGCGAAGAUGGAAACGCGACUUAAAGAGUAUGAGCGUGCGCGUGUCAUCUAUAAGUUUGCUCUGUCCCGCCUGCCCCGUUCGAAAUCCGCCUCCCUUUACGCCGCAUACACAAAGUUUGAGAAGCAGCAUGGCGACCGUACUGGUGUUGAAGCCACAGUUCUCGGAAAGAGACGAAUACAGUAUGAGGAAGAGAUAUUGCAAGACCCGCAUAAUUACGACGUCUGGUUUGAUUAUGUCAAAUUAGAAGAAGAUGCUUUCCGUUCCGAGAGCAGUCCGGAAGGCGAGGCUGCUGCCAUGAACAGAGUACGGGAGGUCUACGAGAGAGCCGUGGCCCAAGUGCCUCCCGCAUCCGAAAAACGGUAUUGGAGAAGAUAUAUAUUUCUAUGGCUUAAUUACGCCUUAUUUGAGGAAAUUGAAACUAAAGACACAGCUCGUGCACGCCAAAUCUACAAGACCGCAGUCCAGCUUGUGCCCCAUAAGCAAUUUACUUUCGCUAAGCUAUGGACUAUGUUUGCAAGAUUUGAAAUUCGGCAAAUGGAUUUGCAGACAGCGCGAAAAAUCCUAGGGACAGCUAUUGGCAUGUCUCCGAAAGAAGCCUUGUUUAAAGGCUACAUACAACUAGAGCUUGAGCUACGAGAAUUCGACCGUGUCCGCACGCUUUAUGAGAAAUAUUUGGAAUACGAUCCAACAAAUUGUUCGGCCUGGAUUAAGUUUGCGGAGCUUGAAUCCACUUUGGGUGAUCUCUCCCGAACACGGGCUAUAUUCGAACUUGCAGCUUCUCAACCAGCACUCGACAUGCCGGAACUCUUAUGGAAAGCUUACAUUGAUCUUGAAGUUGAGGAAGGCGAACGCCAGCGAGCUCGAGCGUUAUACGAGAGGCUAUUGGAGCGGAGUGGACAUGUUAAAGUUUGGAUUGCAUAUGCCCUUUUCGAAGGGGCACGAUUAGGCGGAGGUGACGAUGAGGAUGAAGAUGGAGGAGGGGAUGACGAGGAGAAAGAUAAUGGUGACCCAGAGAAGGCCCGUGCUGUCUUCGAAAGAGGCUACAAGGACUUAAAAGGAAAGGAAUGGACAGAUCGCGUUGCUCUGCUCGAAGCAUGGAAAUCAUAUGAGCAAGAACACGGUACUCCACAGGAAGUUGCACAUGUUCAAUCGCUUAUGCCACAAGCUACGAAGCGGCGCAGAAAGAUUAAUGAUGCAGGAGACAUGGAAGAAUAUUGGGACAUGGUCUUUGCAGAUGAUGAGAAGAAAGCCAACCCAGCUGGAUUCAAGUUCUUGCAGAUGGCGCACGCCUGGAAACAAACCCAGGCAGCUGGUGGGACGGCCGCUAGUGGCAUUACUGGUCUUCCAUCUUUCCCUGGAUUUGUCAAGUCGACGGAGGCAUCCCCCACCCUUCGAAAUGGAGAUUCUGAUGGCCGAUCAGAGGAAGAGCCAAAUGGGAGUGACGAGGACGAGGACGAGGCGAGUGAUCAUCAGUAAAACCGAUAUUACCGUUUCCACUUGCAGCGGUUCAUUCGCAGUUGCGUCGCCACUUUGGGAUCAGCGUUUCUGUCUAUGCGUAAUUUUAUCUUGAUUCUACACAUAAUUUAGGACCAGAAUGAAAGCCGCACUAGUGUCAGGGGAGCACACCCCGGCUACUAGGCCAAGUAGCACUGCAACAUCUGAUCGCAUAUGUAUUAUUUACAACAGGGGAAUGAAACGUUGAGGUUUGUAGCACCAUACCAAGCCAAGCUAGGGGCAUACGUAUAUACGGUCUGACGAGAAUUCAAUAAAGAGGACGGGU